AUGGUGGAUGAGUCUGGAUCCUUCUCUUCUGUCAAGGUGGAUGAGUCUGGAUCCUUCUCUUCUGUCAAGGUGGAUGAGUCUGGAUCCUCUUCUUCUGUCAAGGUGGAUGAGUCUGGAUCCUUCUCUUCUGUCAAGGUGGAUGAGUCUGGAUCCUCCUCUGUCAUGGUGGAUGAGUCUGGGUCCUCCUCCUCUCUCAUGCUGGAUAAGUCUGGAUCCUCCUCUUCUGUCAAGGUGGAUGAGUCUGGAUUCCCCUCUUCUGUCAAGGUGGAUGAGUCUGGAUCCUCCUCUUCUGUCAUGCUGGAUGAGUCUGGAUCCUCCUCUUCUGUCAAGGUGGAUGAGUCUGGAUCCUCCUCUUCUGUCAAGGUGGAUGAGUCUGGAUCCUCCUCUUCUGUCAAGGUGGAUGAGUCUCAAUCCUCCUCUUCUGUCAUGGUAGAUGAGUCUGGAUCGUCCUCAGUCUGGAUCUUCCUCUUCUGUCACGGUGGAUGA